GCAGAACAUAGCGCUGAGUGGAAAGUAUAGUAUGCCUUGCAGAAUAGUUCAAUCUCGUCUUUAAACAAAGAACAAAUUGCGACAGUCAUCUUGAAUGAACGAAAAGGGAUUCAUGAGAAUGGUCUACUUUCAAUAGAGUAUGAAAUGAAAUGGGCCAAUUGCAAGAUCAUUGGGUUAUAUAGCUGAAAAGGGUCGUUCAUUAGCAAGUUUUUAACAUCAUUCAUUUUUCUUGUCUUUUCCUCCUUCCUCCAAAAGAAUGCAUCAAAAUAUAAACCGUGGAUGCCAUUUCUUCUUUCAUUUCCAAUAUGGCUUCGCUUCUAUGAGCUUGCCCAGAGCUACACAAACUGCACCUAUUGGAUUCAACUCUUUUAAAAUAGUAACUCCGUGUACUAAUAGACUUCCUUUUAAUUUUGUAACAAGAAAUUAUUGAAUUGAAAGGUUUUCCGCAACCAUGAGAAGAGAAUAUUUAGUUAGUCAUAUCCAAGAAAACGCUCACGAAGCUGAUAUUUAUUCAUUAUGUGUCAUUUCAGGACGAUUGUGGUCAGCCUCUGGAGAUUCAAAAAUUAAACAAUGGAAUGUGGAAAGCGCAGAACACGAGCUUGUCGAAGAAAUCGACACUCCACACAAAAUUGGUAUUCAUAACAUGGCAGCAUCAUUGGAAGAACAGUUACUUGUUUCCUGUGGUUUCGGACAAGAUGUCUAUCUGUGGGAUCCAAGCACGAAUUCAUCUCGUUUGCUGGGUGAUUCGGUUGAGCAUCCCGGAGAAUGCUGGUCUGCUUGUAUAAGUCCAGAUGCACAAACCAUUUCCUUUACUUCUGUAGAUGGACGUGUUUGUGUUUGGGACACACUUGGCAAUACAAAGGUAGCCGACUUGGACACCAAAGGGAAAUUUGGACUGUGCACGGCUUAUUCGCCUAAUGGAAGAUUUAUUGCGUCAGGACAUCAAACAGGUCAGCUAUUUUUAAUCAGUACUGAAACAGGUCGGUUGUUCCACACUUUGUCAGGACAUACGCUCCCUUUGCGAAGUCUAGCAUUUUCACCUGGUUCUUCCCUGUUGGCUGCAGCUGGGGACUCCAAAAUGAUUACAGUAUACGAUGUAAUAUCGGGAGAUCAGGUUGGCCAACUUCGUGGUCAUAGUGCUUGGAUCUUUGCUUUGGCAUUCAAUCCUGUUGGAGACUUGCUUUUAUCAGCUGACAUUGAAGGUUGUAUCAAAGUUUGGGAUAUGGAUACAAUGGAAUGUAUCAGUACAAAAAAUGAAGUGGACGGUGCCAUCUGGGCUGUUGCUUGGUAUAACAAUGGAUUUGUAGUAGCUGGUGCUGACAGGAGCAUCCUUUGGUACAGAGCUGCCGCUUCUGAAUAAUUCCUUUAUGAUUUGAUAAUGGAGAAGAGUUUUGUCUUUGAUGCACAAGAAAAAUUUAUGCUAUUGAUAUUCUAAUACAUAUACCCAUUGUUUCCAUAUUCAUGGAUCGAUGUAGUAUGAAUUGUAUAUUAAAAAAAAGGAUAAAGUAAUAAAUAGAGACUAUAUAUGUCUUCUUUGGUAGUAUUCUUCAAGCAUACAUUCAUUACUUCAACA